AUGACCCAGCGAUCCUCUGUCACCAUCAAGUCGGGGGGCACUCGGAACUUCAGUGCCUCCUCAGCCAGCCUCCUUGCAGGCUGCCGGCCCAGCUUUAGCUCUGUCUCUGUGACCCAGAGCGGAAAGAGCUUCGGAGGUGGCUUGGGGGGUGGCUUUGGGACAAGGAGUCUCCACAGCCUUGGGGGUACCAAGAGAAUCUCUGUUAGUGGGGGUUACCGCUCCAGCCGGGCCAGUUUUGGAGGUGCUGGCUGUGGGCUGGGUGCCGGGGGCAUAGGGUACCGAGCUGGUGGAUAUGGAUUUGGAGGGGGGAUGAUGCCUGGAGCUGGGGGCAUCCAUGAGGUCACUGUCAACCAGAGCCUCCUGACCCCCCUCCACCUGGAGAUUGACCCCUCUCUCCAGCGAGUGCGGAAGGAGGAGAAGGAGCAGAUCAAGACUCUCAACAACAAGUUUGCCUCCUUCAUCGAUAAGGUGCGGUUUCUGGAGCAGCAGAACAAAGUCCUAGAAACAAAAUGGAGCAUCCUGCAAGACCAUAAAACUACCAGGGCCAAUAUCGAGCCCAUGUUUGAAGCCUACAUCAACAACCUGAGGCGGCAGUUGGACUGUCUGGGUGGAGAGCGAGGCCGGCUGGAAAUGGAGCUGAAGAGCAUGCAGGACGUGGUGGAGGACUUCAAGAACAAAUAUGAAGAAGAAAUCCACAGACGCACGGCGGCGGAGAACGAGUUUGUGGUGCUCAAGAAGGACGUGGAUGCUGCCUACAUGAACAAGGUGGAGCUGGAGGCCAAGGUGGACGCCCUAAUGGAUGAGAUCAACUUCCUGAGAGCUUUCUACGAAGCGGAGCUGGCUCAGCUUCAGGCCCAGAUCUCCGAGACGUCUGUGGUCCUCUCCAUGGACAACAACCGCAGCCUGGACCUGGACAGCAUCAUCGCUGAGGUCAAGGCCCAAUAUGAAGACAUCGCCAACCGUAGCCGGGCCGAGGCCGAGUCCUGGUACCAGACCAAGUACGAGGAGCUGCAGCGGUCAGCCGGCCGGCACGGGGAUGACCUCCGCACCACUAAGAUGGAGAUCUCUGAGCUGAACCGGGUGAUGCAGAGGCUGCGCUCUGAGAUUGAUAACCUGAAGAAGCAGUGUGCCACACUCCAGGCUGCCAUUGCUGAUGCUGAGCAGCGUGGAGAGCUGGCCCUGAAGGAUGCCAAGAAUAAGCUGGCCGAGCUGGAGGAUGCCCUGCAGAAGGCCAAGCAGGACAUGGCACGGCAGCUGCGCGAGUACCAGGAGCUCAUGAAUGUCAAGCUGGCCCUGGACAUUGAGAUCGCCACCUACCGCAAGCUGCUGGAGGGCGAGGAGUGCAGACUCACUGGAGAAGGUGUCGGACCUGUGAACAUCUCUGUGGUCUCUUCCUCGGGGGGCACAAGCUACAGCGGGGGCGGCAGCCUCUGUGUGGGUGGGGGCAGAUACGGUAGCGGCUGCAGCCCCACCAGCGGCCGCAGCCUGGGCAGCAGCAGCUCCAGCAUGCGCAUCAUCUCCAAGACGUCGUCUACCAAGAAGAGCUACCGGAGCUAA